AUGAGUUUAGAUGCAGUGCAGGAGCACUACUUGAAGCGAGAACUAUUGAAGUUCCAGCUCGACAAGGAAUUUGAGCUGCUUAAUAACAAGGAUGGUCUGAGGCACUUUGGGUACCCAUUUACUAGCGAGGAUCCAAGACUACAAAUAAAGAAAGGUGAAUCAUAUGGUACUGCGAUCUCGAAUGCUUUAUGGUCGUCGGCCACAUACUUCACUGGGUCUGGGUCAGGGGAAGAAACUAAAGUCGAGGAAGAGGCUGCGGUGUCUAUUCUGCCGCGACUAGAAGGAACGCAAUAUCCAUUGCUGAGUUACAUGCUACAGGAAUUUAUAUUUAGCUUCCCACUAUUGUCAAAGAAUCUUUCGGUUGAUGAGCGCUUCUGGCAAGGGAAAGUGCAAGUCUUUUUCGAGCAUUUCAUGUCUAUGGGAUUCAGUGAUAGCUACGAUAGGGAAGAGACAACCAAGAGAAGAAAGAUGGGACAAAAAAUGAAGAAAGUUAUUAUGCUGUUGUUCAAUUCUGGUAUCGGAACAACUUUAGAAUCAAGUUACUAUGAACAUGAUAAGUUGACUGCCCAGCAGGAAAAUACCAGGAAAAGAUCAAAUAUCGAGGAACUCACUAUGCCAACAAAGGAAAACCUGAAAUUUCUGGUCACUCAUGAGCCUGUAUAUUUCAAUACAUGGGAUAUUAGCAUAAUCUCCGUUUAUGACAGUAGUAAAGCUUCUGAUGAGCUAUCUAACACAUUAACAAAGAACAAUUCUUCGAAUUCAUCAUCAUCAUCAUCCAUUCAUUCAUCUAGUUCUUAUUUGUUUAAGUCAAAAGACUUAAAGAAAACAUCAGCAUAUACAUCUAAAAUGUUCAAGAGUGCGUUUGGUGCUGCUAGUUCCACAACAUCUAACAUGUUUUCCAAGCUUUCUGGAAGCACAGUUUAUUCUUCUACUCCAGAAUCCAAGUCCUAUCUAUCAGUUAAUUCAAAUGAAAAGAAUGGUGUGAGAUCUAAAAAGUCUAAAUACUAUUUUGUUAUCCGUACCAGAAGGCUAAAUGAACCAGAUGCAAUUUCGUAUAACUUUAAAACAUACAAUUCUUUCAAAAAAUUCUCUCAUAGGUUGAAGAAGGAAUUUCCAUCUAAAAAACUGCCAGAUUUACCCUCGAAGAAACAAGAUAAAAAAGCUUUAAGAAAUAUAAAGAAAGAACAACUGAAUAACAAGACCGACCAACCUAACAUUUCUUCACUGAUGUUAGACGAUUCAAAUUCGAAAGACAUCGACGAACCUUCUCCAAUUGAUGACAACUCUAUGAAAGAUGAUCUAGCUUCUAAUAUAUCAUCUGAUGAUCAAGACCUAGACCUCGAUACACAGUCCAUUGAUUCAGCUGAGGAGGAAACAAAAUUUUUGCCCUAUGAAACUUUGAGAUACACUUUAAGAUUGUAUCUGAGAACAUUGAGUAAAGAUUCGGAUGUUGUACAAAGUAGUAUUUGGAAGGAGUUUUUUAAGGAAGAUGUUGUAGAUCCUGAGACAUUUGAUGAAAGUUUGAUGGAAGAUAUUAAACUAAGAGAGAUUACUGAUAUCAAAAAUUUGGAGAACCAAAUUUCCUUCCAGAAAAUGGCUUUAGAAAAGACAGUAAAGCUUCAAGCAUCCAUGAAGGAUUUCAAAACCAAUUUGCUUGAAGAUGAGAAGUACCUACUAGAAUUAGUCGGUGAAAUUAAGGCGAAAAAGAGAUUCGAAGAUUUGUCACCAUCACUUCAGAACUUUGUGGAAUGGUGCAAAAUCUAUCUGUCUUCUAUUUUAUACCAAAUGUUUUUGGGUAAUGACAAUAGUUACGAAUUUUAUAGACAAAUCCGCAGACUCCAUAAACUCCUUCCAUACACGGUGAUGUGCCAGAUCAUGAGAUUUACAAAUCCAGUAGCGAUCAUGAAGGGUAUGAUCGACCUUUUUAUGGCACAGCCUUUUGGCGGUCAAUCAUUGCUACAGACGAUGUUUUCUACAAUUUUGACUGAAGAUAUUAAACAUCAAAAAAAUGCGGUCAAAGAACUCGAAAGGAAGGUCCUUUCAAAACAUAGUGAUUCAAAACAAAUGUUGGCAUUCUUAAGGUCAUGCAUUUUUCAAGAUGAUAGCUCGAAUCCACUAAAAUUCAAUGAUAUUCAAGAAGAAUCUGAAUUGAUGCAAAUGCCAGUUUGCUUAUUACUUAUUAUGAAGGGUUCUGAAGCAGGAAAAAUUAAGAAAGAUGUUGUUGCCGAACUAAUAAACUCAUAUUCCUCAUGGAAGUCAGAACAGGGAAAUGAGCUACAACCAAGUGGAGAGGGAAACUUCUAUGUAAAUGUACAUGAUUUGAUGAAAUUAUACAUUAAGGAGCACGAUAAGAGACUAAUGAGGCAACUAUGGCAAGACCCCGAACUUCAGCAAUUACUAAAGGCAAUAAUAUCCUUGAUAUAUGAACCAAUGCUAAGAAUUUUUAAAGUAGCGAGAAUGGAUCUGGCAAUCAAAAACUUUGAGAAGUUCAUGGAUGAUUUAGUUCAGUUAAUGGAUGAUGUUAUUGCGAAACAAUUACACAUCUCUUCUAAAUUUAACAUAGUUGAAAGUAUAUUAGAUCUGGUUAACAAGCAUCAAAAUUCUUUUCUCGAAUUUUUGCAUGAUGUUUACAAUCGUGAUUCCGAAGGCAUAUUUGAAGGCUUUAUUACAUGGAUAAGCAAGAUAAUAAGGUUCCUGCAAAAGAGUAAAUUUGGGUCACCAGAGGAAAGAGUCGAUCUCAAUGACUUUUUGAAUACCACCACUGAUCAUCUCGAUAAAGACCUUCUACUAAAGCAAAUCAACGAAGUGAUAAAGAAGAAGAUCGAUGCAAGAAAAGUUUAUUGGCAAAUAUUAGAGGAAAAGAUCUCAAAAAAAGAGAAUACCCGCAGAAGUAUGUCUCCAGAAGUAAUGGAAAACAAUUGGAAAACUAUUAAUUCUAUGAUUAUUCCAACACAUUCAGACAGCUUUGGUGUUCAAGACAAUGAUAUGAUAGACUUGGAUAUAGAAAUGACAGAACACACUGUUCAAGAGGAAACAAAAGAGACAGAACUUGAUAAGGAGUAUAGAAACAUACUAAGCAGAACUAUUGAUGAAUCGGAAAUAGAAAAAUUAUGUGGACCAGGCUUUGAUGAUUUAUUGAGGUUAAAAUUAUCAACCUACAAAGUAUAG